ACGAGAGAGUGCGCCUCCGAGCCAGCGGCUGACACUGAAAGCAAAAGGAAACACAACAAGCAAACUUCUUCAAGCUAACGGCGGACGCUUGUAAUUUUCGAGGAUGUUUUCACUCGGGGAGAAAAUGGAGUUUCUUAUAGGAAACCCAUUUUCAACGCCGGUCGGGCAGAGAAUCGAGCGAGCAACCGGUGGAUCCCUACAGUCCGAGGACUGGGGGCUUAACAUGGAGAUCUGCGAUAUCAUCAAUGAGAUGGACGAAGGGCCUAGAGAUGCAGUUAAAGCCAUUAAGAAGAGAAUAGUAGGAAACAAGAACUUCAGAGAGAUUAUGUUUGCUCUCACUGUUCUAGAGACCUGUGUCAAAAAUUGUGGCCAUCGUUUCCAUGUCUUGGUGGCCUCGCAGGAGUUCGUUGAGGGGGUUUUGGUUCGUUCUAUUCUGCCCAAAAAUAACCCACCCACUAUUCUCCAUGACCGGGUCCUCAGCCUCAUACAGUCAUGGGCUGAUGCGUUUCGGAGCUCUUCCUCCCUGUCGGGGGUGGUACAUGUAUACGAUGACCUCAGAAGACGAGGGCUGGAGUUCCCCAUGACAGACCUGGAUGCUCUGUCCCCCAUCCACACUCCAAAUAGGAGCAUCCCAGAAAAUGGAACUACUGAGAUUCCUCCUGUCACUGCUCCUGAAAAUGACACAACUACACAACUACAAGCUACUUCCAGUGCUUCCAGUCAGGAUACUUCACCUCCAUUUCAGCCCAGUGAAGGACCAGUCUCACUUUCUGCAGAACAGGAACAGAAGCUGCGAAGUGAACUUGAUCUGGUGAAGGGAAAUCUCAAAGUGAUGUCUGAAAUGCUAAAUGAGCUAAUUCCUGGACAGAGCCAACCAGAUGAUACACAGCUGCUACAGCAGCUGUUCUCUGUGUGUAAGAGCAUGCAGACUCGAGUGGUGGAGCUCAUUCCUCAGCUGGUUGAUGAAAGAUUUAUUGAAGAGCUGCUCGUGGUCAACGAUGACCUCAACAACGCCUUCAUUCGCUAUGAGAGGUUUGACAGACUGAACAAGGCACAGAUUCCUAAUGCACAUCAGAGUUCUACAACAAGUCCAAGCCUCAUCAACUUCAGCCCUGAGCCUCCCACUAUCACACAACCUGUUGUCAUAUCAACACCCAGUCAACCAGCCACCAGCACCUGUACCAAUCAACAGCAAUCAGCCAAUCACAAUGAAGAGGAGGAGUUUGACAUGUUUGCCCAAACCAGAGGCAGCUCCCUGGCUGACCAGAGGAAAAGUGUCAGGUAUGAGGACCCAGGAGCUGUGGAGGGCCUCGCCGGAGCUCUUGAUACCAGGCUGCAGGUCACAGGAGGGGGGUGUCAAAGCACAAUGCCGCCAGCGAAAAACUCUCUGCAGAAUGAUUUUGACAAAUGGUUAUCUUCUGAUAUGCAGGAAGAGCAGUCUUCAGUUUGUGAGGGAGUUUCCAGUGAAGAGUUUGAUAAGUUUCUGGAGGAUCGGGCGAAGGCGGCAGACUACAGCAGCCAGACAAUUCGCACCGUGCCAUCUUCCACACCCAGACCACCGCCACCACAAUCUAGUCAGCAACAGGAUAGGUCACAUGACCAGCUUUUCUCCCUCUGAGUGUGGGAAACGAGGAAAGAAUGGAGGUCAAUACAGUAACACGAUCAAAGUGAAAUAUACCAGGUCAGGUUUUUCUAAAGCGCGUGCACACAUACACACAUACACACAUACACACAUACAUACAUACAUUGAUACACGUGCAUAGAUAAAACCUGACACUACAGAACAGCUGACCAAUCAACUUAUUUCAUAAAUGCUGUAUUUCUCUGUUAAUUCUGCUGUUUAUUAUCUGUAUGUGCGUAAAUACAACUUUGUGACUAUUUAUAUGUAUUAUUAUAAUGUGAGAAAACAAACUGGAUGUUUAGUAUAAUGCAGAAAAUAUUUGAUAUUAUAUAAUCAUGUGCCUUUGAUCCCGAGAGCUGAUUUUGUGUAAAUGUAAAAUAAAUGGGGCAUUUGUCCCUAAAGAUG